AUGAAUUUGUUUUUCAUACACGUUUUAGCUUGCUAUCGUCGUGUCGUUUCCGGUAAAAGGUUACACGAAAGGUUUAUACGUCAUUCUCUUCCUUGUAAUAGUUUAGAAGCUUGUCAACAUCAAUGUUCUAUUGAAAAACGUUUCGAUUGUCAAGGAUUUAAUAUUAGGUUGGAUCUGGAAGGAGUUGGAAGAGGAAUAUGCGAAUUAUCAUCUUUUACCGUUGGAAAUUUAGAUCAAUAUGGAGAUUUUGUUUACGAUCCAGAAUUUGCUUAUUAUGAACGUUUAUAUGGUAUCGAUUCUCCUAAUUGUGGAUUACUUUAUCAUAAUAUAGGAAGAAACGAAGUAGUACCUAAUCAUCAAAGAGUGUUUGGUGGACCGUAUUAUGGUGGUGACUCAUAUGGACCAUGGAGCACUGGUUUUGGAACAACAAAUUACGGUCCAUGGGGUGAUCACGGAUAUGGAAGCGGAUUUUAUGUUUCGAAUAAUCCUUCUAGAGGACCAACACCAUCUUUCCAACCCGAGUUUUUCUAUUCCGAUAAACCGUACGGCAGACCUUACGGAUAUGGAGAUGGUUCAGGUGGUUAUGGAGGAAUUUCUGUAGGUUACAAUUUAGGCCCGAGCAAUUACGGAAGAGGUCCCUUUAAUUAUGGAGGAAGUCCUGGGAGCACUAGUGGCGGUCCCGGUAGUUAUGAAGGAGGAUUAAGCGGACCAGGUAGAGGACAAAAUAAUUACCCGAGUGGUCCUGGUAUCACUAAUGGAGGAUCCGGUAGUUAUGGAGGAGGACCGGGUGGCCCGUACAGAGGGCCAGAUAAUUAUUCAGGAGGGUCAGGAGGGUCGAACAGAGGUCCUGACAAUUAUUCAGGCGGUCCCGGUGACACUAACCGAGGUUCGAGUUAUGGAGGAGGAUCAAGUGGUCCUGGUAGAGGCCCUGAUAAUUAUCCAGGAGGACCGGGAGGCCUUAACAGAGGUCCCGACUAUUAUCCAGGCGGCCCUAGUAGUUCUAAUGGAGGUCCCAAUAAUUAUGGAGGCGGAUCGAGUGGUCCAAGGGGAGGAGCAAAUAAUUAUCAAGGCGGGUCUGGAAAUUAUCCAGGAGGAUCGGGUGGCCCGAUCAGAGGCCCAGGAAAUUAUCCAAGUGGUCCUGGUGGUACUAACAGGGAUCCAGGCAGUUAUGGAGGAUCGGGUGGCCCGAUCAGAGGUCCAGAAAAUUACCCAGGCGGUCCUGGUGGCAUCAACAGAGGUCCAGGCAAUUAUGGAGGAGGAUCGGAUGGCUCGUACAGAGGGCCAGAUAAUUAUUCAGGAGGGCCAGGAGGGCCAAACACAGGUCCAGGUAGUUAUGGGGGAGGGUCGGGUGGCCCAAGCAGAGGUCCUGACAUUUACUCAGGAGGAUCAGGUUCAAACAGAGGUCCAGAUAAUUAUCAAGGUGGUUCUAAUAAUUAUCGAGGAGGAUCAGGUGGCCCAAACGGAGGCCCGGACAAUUACUCAAGUGGGCCUGGUGGCAUUAACCGAGGUUCGGGCAGUUACGGAGGAGGAUCAAGCGGUAGCAGAGGUCCCGAUAAUUAUCCAGGUAGUCCUGGCGCCACUAACGGUGAUUCAGGUAAUUAUAGAGGAGGGUCGGGUCCAUACAGAGGACCGGAUAAUUAUUCAGGAGGAUCGGGCCCCUACAGAAGUCCUGACAAUUACUCUGGAGGAUCGGGAGGUUCAAGAAGAGGUCCAGACAAUUAUCCAAGAGGACCCGAUAGUCCAAAUCGAGGUCCUGAUAGUUACCGAAGGGGACCGGGUGGUCCAGGCGGAACCUCAGAUAAUUACCCAAGCGAUCCCAGUGGUAACAACAGAGGUCCAGGUUUCGGUGGUUACAGAGGAGACUCAGGUGAUCCGAAUAGGAAUCCGAACUAUUAUGCAGGAGAUUCUAAUAGGUAUGGAAUCCCUAAUCCUUAUGGAACGCCCGGUAACUACGGAGGCUCUGGUGGUUACGGUGGAGGUUUUACUAACUACAGAGGAGGUCCUGUUAUUUACGGAGGAACAGGCGGUUCAGGAAAUGGCCCUAAUAAUUUCGAAGGUCCUAAUCGAAAUUUUGGUGUUUAUGGUGGUGUUUCAAUAGGAAGUUCUAGUAAUUAUGGAAAUGGGUUUGGCACCUACGGAGAAAUCACUGGUGGAUUUAGAAGAAACGGGUACGAUUCAAGAAAUUCUGGUAAAGUUCCAACAUAUAUAAUUAUAGAUGCAGAUGUUAAUGAUCGAAAUCGUGAAAAAAAUCCCAACAAUUAUAAAACUUCAACCCAAAAUUUUAAAUACUUACCUCCUAAAAUUCAUAACCUAUCACCCAAGGAACAAAACACGGCAUCUUUUAAUUUUCCUUCAACACCAUCAAAUUCAUUAAGAAACCCGAACAAUUUUUCAACGCCAUCACAAUAUUCCCCUACGAUUUCUAAUAAUUCACCACCACAGAGUACACUAGGACCUCAACCAAUUUACACUCGGCCUUCACCUUCAACACCACCCUUGCCUUCAAAAUCAAACAAUUUAUCUCCUCCAAUUAAGGAUACUACAAUCAGGCCACAUGUAUAUUCAACAAGACCCCAAGAAUUACCAUCCAGACCUCCAUCUUCUUAUGGUAACUAUCCUCAAACUCAAUUACAGCCAAAUUACUAUGUACCAAACGAUUACUCGACGCACAGAGUAUUUGGUUCUUCUCGAAAAUUUAACGACGGUUUUCACGUAAUUGAAAAUGAAGUUUGUUUCCAAAGAGCACAUCCAGGUUACAGAUUGGAUUCCACAUCAAUUAAAAAAAUGUUUGACGCACCCUCGGUUCUAGAAUGCGAAGCUAUGUGCACAAGUUCUUCAUUUAAAUGCACCGGAUAUAGCUUUAGAUAUUCCACAGGAAGUGGAGGUGCGCCUCCCAACUGUCUAUUAACGGAUUUUAGUUCUUUAACAUUAGAAUCAGAUCUUUUUCCCGAUAGAAGCUGCGACGUUUAUUUUAAAAUGAGUUCCUGCUUGAAUGUUGAAAGAAUCAGUAGCGCGGAAUGCUUUCUCAAAGUGGCCAGCAAUCGAAAAAUGGAUACUAAUAAAAUAGCAAAAAGUCUAUGGGUUCAAGGAAUAUCGGAGUGCGAAUUAGCUUGUUUAAACUCUGGAUAUUUCACCUGUAGGACUUUUAGUUUUAGACACGGAUCAAGAGUUAUUGGUGAAUCAAAUGAAAAUUGUUUCCUAUCCGAUUGGCCCGUAACUGCUUUCUCUCUCGAAGAUUUUUUAUUUUCUCCAAAUCAUGAAAUUUACGAAAGAGGAAGUUUCGGUCACGGUUGUGAAUUAGAUGUUGGUACUUCGUAUAUAGGACCCGGACCACCGUUAAAAGGUUAUCCUGAAUUCAACGAAUUAUGGAGCGUGGGUGACACCUGGAGACAUUUUACGGUAAGUGGUUGGCCGUGUAAAAUAGGUACUGAAUGUACGUUGAAUCCGUUGGGAGGUUUUUGGUCGUGUCCAGUUGAAGGAGGAACCGCCGACCAAUGGGAUUAUUGCUGCAGACCAAAACACGCUUGCGGUUAUUCAAGAGGUUAUAACUACCCUUGGUGUUACGUAGGGGAAGCCGGGCCACAGCAGUGGAGACCUUGCAGUGAGCAAUAUUACCCGGAGUUCGAUAACCGGUUUGAAAACAAACCGGCUCAGGGUUAUAUUCCACAUCCUGCUCAUUCCUUCGAACCUCAUUCAGACACGAGGCCUUGGAUUUCUGGAGAUGACGAAUACGAUUUUCCUAUAUACUGGCCGAUAUCUUAUCUGUAUUCCGAACCACCGCCUAACGAAACAAUUUAUUGGGAAGAUGACGAUGAACACGUCAUCGAUGACGAUGAAUAUUAUUUUCACCACGAUCACCAUCACUUUGCUGACGCACUAGAACACCACAUAUUAGAAGAAGAGCAAGAAGGAGAAAAAUAUUCCGAAGAGAGUCCCGUAAUUAGAUUUAAACCUCACGGUCAUAAAGUUCCUUAUCCGAAAGUUGUCGUACAAAAAUUAGAUCAUUCCAACAACAACAUCAUCAAACAUCAUCAAGAUGGCAAUGAUGAUGAUGAUGAUGAUGAUGACCGGGAUAAAAAAUUCAAAAAAACAGAUUCCUCACUUAAAGUUCCCAUAUCUGAUGUUAUCUUAGAAAAAUAUCCGAAAGACAAUAGUAAUAAUAAUAAUAAUAAUAAUUAUAAUAAUGAAACGGAAAAAUUUAACUCGAGAAAAAGGGGAAUUUCCAAUGUAACAGAUUAUAAAAAUAUAACAAAACAAAAACAUUCAGAAUAUAAACUACCUGGAUUAAUCAAAUUUGUUAAUGAUAAUGAAACACGCGAAAGAGAAUUGAAAGCUUUGAAAACAUCAUCGCGAUCACCGUUAGAAUUUUCGUCGAGAAUUAAAAAUUUUACGAGUGUCAAAUGA